AUGCUAGGAGUACAUAUCAUUGGAGCGAAUGCUGGAGAAAUGAUUGCUGAAGCUUGCUUGGCCCUUGAAUAUGGAGCGUCUGCUGAAGACGUUGCUCGAGUGUGUCACGCUCAUCGACUCUCUCUGAAGCUUUCCGUGAGGCAAAUCUCGCUGCAUAUUGUGGAAAGGCUAUUAACAGCAUCUAAGUAUCAUAUUUCGUUAAUAGUUUGCAAAACUAUGUUUUGUGAUGCUCUAUGCUCUAAAUGUGUUUGCGCUUCGUGA